CGUUUUGCGCCAAUAAGAGUGAACGUCUCCGGUUUGUCCAUGAGAGGGAGUCGAGUUUCUUAAAUGCGCCGCCGUCGCCCACUUCCACAGCAGAGCCGCGGAGCGCAGUGACCGGAGCGGCGGGGAAACACACACCGCGAUCCUUCUCUCCCACAGCCGCUGUGGACACUCACAUCUGCGGCCGGAACCAUCACGUCAGUUGCGUCGGUUCCUCCAGCCUUCCGACUUGUCAAGAGGAAACGAGAGGUUUUCUCGAGCACCAGGAAGCUCCUCAGUGUUUCACACCUGGAUUAAAACGCGCAGCCGACGGUUCCUGUCACAGAUCUUUAUAUUUUUUCUUCUUCUUCUUCAUCUUUUUUUGCUAAAGGAGGGACAGUUGUUUUUAUUCCUCUGUCACAAUGUUGUGGAAAUUAGCCGACAACGUGAAAUAUGAGGAUGACUGUGAGGAAAGACACGAUGGCAGCAGCAACGGGAACCCGCGGCUGCCUCACCUGCCCGCGGUCAGCCAGCACCUCUACAGCCCGUCCCCCGCCCUCUCGCACUCGGCCAGCUCGGACUUCCAGCCCCCGUACUUCCCGCCUCCCUACCAGCCCAUCACCUACCAGCAGUCCGGCGACCCUUACUCCCACCUGGGCGACCCCUUCAACAUCAACUCCCUCCACCAGUCGCCGUCGUCGAACCAGCAGCAGCCGUGGCCCGGCCGCCAGGGCCAGGAUGGGCUGGGCGCGCACGCACGGAGCGGACUGGCGAGUCAGAUCCUGGGCCUGGACGGAGGCUCCUCCGGGGUGAGGAGGGAAGGGUUCCGCCGGCCGGAGCUGCUCCCCCCGCACGCACACAGCCUCGAGUCGUCGGUGAUCGGGGACAGCAUGGGGAUGCACGACAUGGGCCACGGACUGGAGGAUGUUCAACAUGUAGAUGACCACAGUAUUAUAAUGGCCGAUCAGACAGUCAUCAAGAAAGUAUUAGGACUACGAGGUGGCAGGAACCUUGAUCGCUUACAGAGGACUUAUUAUCAGGGGGGCGUUCUUGCGGGUCCCGUCACUCUACCCAAAGGAAAUGCGCUGGGUCUUCCCUUCCAGAAAGAGUCCCUGCUGGGCAUGGUGUCAAAUCCCACGGAGGUGUUCUGCUCCGUACCGGGCCGCCUCUCCCUGCUGAGCUCCACUUCCAAGUACAAGGUCACCGUGGCCGAGGUCCAGAGACGCCUGUCACCCCCAGAGUGUCUCAACGCAUCACUCCUGGGAGGCGUUUUACGCAGAGCCAAGUCAAAAAAUGGCGGUCGUUCCCUGAGAGAAAAGCUGGAUAAAAUUGGGCUGAACCUGCCUGCAGGAAGGAGGAAGGCAGCCAACGUCACCCUACUUACCUCACUCGUAGAAGGUGAAGCUGUUCAUUUAGCGAGAGACUUCGGUUACGUGUGUGAGACGGAGUUCCCUGCGAAGGCGAUUGCUGAAUACCUCGGCAGGCCGCACGUAGAACGCAACGAGGUCAACUCUCGGAAGAAUAUGCUCCUUGCUGCCAAGCAAAUCUGCAAGGAGUUCACUGACCUGCUCACUCAGGAUCGAUCGCCUCUGGGAAACUCUCGGCCGGCUCCCAUCAUGGAGCCGGGAAUCCAAGGCUGCCUGACCCACUUCAGCCUCAUCACUCAUGGCUUCGGCUCUCCGGCCAUCUGUGCCGCCAUGACCUCACUGCAGAACUACCUGAACGAGGCGCUCAAACAAGUGGACAAGAUGUACCUGAGCUCUGGCAACGACACCCAGGGAUCCUCAGACAGUGGAAGCAAAUCUACCGACAAAAUGGACAAGCACAGGAAAUGAGAGCUCAAAGGAGAAUCCCUACGAACUUGAGAACCCCCCCGA